AUGAAAACUAUUGAAAAUAACACCACAACACCUGAGAUCGACACCGAUGAGAAAUUUGAUAGACCUUAUGGGUUAAGAAUUAAAUACGAUAACCCUGAUGACCACAAACCGACAGAGAAAGUGAAUGAAUGGGUGAGAAAUAAAACAAAUAAUAAAAUAUCAAAGAUUAUUGAUAAAUUGGAUACAUCUACAACCGCAAUAAUUAUAAAUGCUGUAUAUUUUAAAGCAACAUGGUCAAAACAAUUCAAAACAACUGAAAAAUUACACUUUUUUAACGAUGGCAGACACGGUAUAAAAGUGGACACAAUGUCAGUCACCGAUGAUUUUAACUACUUUGAAUCCCGAGAACUCGAUUCACGUAUUUUAGAAUUACAAUACUUGGGAACAAAAAUCAGUUUUAUUAUAGUUUUACCGAAUUAUAUGAUAAAUGGUUUGCAAAGAAUAAAAUCACGAAUUAAUUCGCAAAACUUAAAACAAGCCGUAAAUUCAUUGCAAUCAACUUAUAUGAAGUUAUUUAUACCAAAAUUUACGGCUGAAAACACAUAUGAUUUAAAACGAGACAUUAAACCACUGCCCAUAGCGUUAACACCGGUCGCAGACUUAUCACGACUAACACCUGUACCUCAAGAACUGUGUGAAGCCAUACAUAAAACUUAUAUAUCGGUGGACGAGAGGGGAACGGAGGCCGCGGCCGUCACUUUACUUACUUGGGUUUUAUUUUCCGGUGGAAAUCCCGAUCCCAUACCUGUUAUAUUCAGAGCAAAUCAUCCGUUUCUAUACUAUAUUAUGGAUAAAUCCAAUGGUUUGAUACUAUUCUCCGGACAAAUCAAUAAACUAUAA